AUGACUUCCGGCCCGUCGAUUAUUCGGAAGUCGGGCAGCAAUAACAGAUCCAACCUUGAACUCGUGAAUUCGCUUCGCGACAGCUUCUCCGAAGCCAAACGCGACUAUGCCGAGGCCGCGCACCCGAAUGGCAACGGGACUAGCAACGGUGUUGCCGAUAGCAUCCCCAACGGCAUCUCCAACGGAAACGGCAAUGGCAUCCGCAGCGGCACGUCGACGCCGCCGACGCCCGUUGAAGUUUGGACGGAGAGAGACGGCAAAGUCCUGUACAUACCGCGAAUCAAUUGGCAGGCUGCAGGGCUGCGAGAUGAGCCGAACCAAUACGAAAUCACGGUAAAGAUGUUCCUCCUGCCUGGAACAUCUGUGGAACAGCGUGUGCAGUAUAUUGGCGAGGCCUUGGCUCUGGUCAGCAAGGAACUGGGUAUUCAAACCAUCGAUUUGCUGGUCGCGUCGUUCCCCGGCAUAUCCUUUGAAGGAACGUGCGAGUGGGAGGCUGACAAGAAGAAUGCCAGCCAAGGCAACCUGGAUGAAGAGCUAGCAACGUGGAGGAUAUUCGAAGAGUUGCACAACCAAGGACUCGCCAAGCGACUUGGAGUGGCCGAGUUUGGCAGCGAGAAACUGAGCGCGUUCGUCAAGCGUGCCUCGAUCCCCCCCGUCGUCGACCAGAUCAACUUGCACGAUUGUUGCAAUGUGCCUCCGCCGCUGAAACAACUAGCCGAAGUCCAUGGCAUCGAGCUCAAUGUUCACCGCGAUUGCACUGACAUCCUCCCUCCGGGAACUCUACGGGAACUCCUCGGCUCAGGACCUCGAGGAGCCAACGUGCUGGCUGAUGCGGAGAAUGGCGGAGUCGGACUGCAGGGGAACAUCGUCCCCCAGUGGGUUGUGCGAUACAUGGCCUUUGUUCGAGAUCGUGGUGUGAUUGAAAAUAAGGGAUAUUUUGCCGGAGCAGAGCUUGUUGAGGGGUAG